AUGAUCAUGUCUCAUUCUCUUGUUCUUCUUUUGAAAAUUGUACUAAAAUCACUUUACCCGAUAUCGAUUAUUCCAAUUUGGUUGUGUUCGAUUAGUUGUCUAUUACCAAUUGUUAAAACACUAACUAUAACAAAGAAUGCAUGUGAAUUAACUCUAUUACCAAAAGAAUGUCAAUGUCAAAAACUUCGUAGUAACACAUUUAUACAAGAAAGUAGCAAUGAGACACGUAUGAAAUGUAAAGCAUUAACAAAUGUAACAUCAAAAUAUGUAUGGUCAAUUGUUCAAUAUGAUCGUUUAUCAUUUGAUAGUGAUAAUUUAACGUUACAUUCCUAUAUAUUCAAUAAUUUAAAAGCUCGUAGUUUACGUUUUAAUACUCAAUAUUUGCGUAUAUUCGAUGAUGUAUUUACAAAUUCAGCAAUAGGUCAAUUAACAUUUUCAAGAUUUAAUACAUAUGGUCAAAUUAUAUUUAGUGAAUCACCAUCAUUUCGUGGUUCAACAACAACAAAUAUUUAUUUUAAACAAAUUGAUUUUGUUCAACGUAUACCAGAAACAUUUUUUGCAGGUGCAAAAUUUCAAACAUUUCUAAUACAAUCAAGUAAAUUUUAUGGUUUUGCAAAUAAUGUACAACAACAACAACAACAAUAUUAUCAAACAACAACAGCAUCAAAAUCAACAACAUCUUCAAUGAUACAACCAACAGAAGUAUUUAAUCAAUCAUCGAUUGAUAAUGAACAAAUAAUAUUUGAUACAACUACAGUCUCAGAUAUUUCGUACAUUCCAAAAGUAAAUUUAUCGUCAAUCGAGAGAAAAAAAUUAAAAAAUUCUAAAAGAAAUGUACUAUUAAAUGAUACAAUAAAUGAAAAUAUGAAGACAAAUAAUAUAAUUUCAUUACCAGAAGAAACAGUUAUGAUUAAUAUAACUGUAUUAGAUUUAAAAUUAACAAUAGAUAUUUAUAGAAUAAUUCAAAGUAUUCAUACUUCGUUGACAUCUGAUUAUUUUCCGACUAAUAUUGAUUAUACUCAAACAUAUGAAAUUGAAUUAUUAAAUAAUAAUAUUACUGAACUAAAAGACAAUUGUUUUAAACAUUUACGAUAUUUUCAUGGUCGUUUAACGUUAGUUAAUAAUCAUAUCAAAACAAUUAGUCAACAAACAUUUGCUGAUUUGUCAUUAUUGAAAAAUUUAUCAUUGGAAAAAAAUUUCAUUGAUUUUACUGCCAAUGAUGAUAUACCUUAUUUUUUAAAUUUAUCUAAUUUAAUUGAAUUAGAAUUAUCAUACAACAAUAUUCACUUAUUAAACAAUAAUACAUUCAAUGGUUUAAAACAACUUCAUAUUUUACGUUUAUCCUAUAAUCCAUUGGAAUACAUCGAUAUUGACACAUUUUCACAUUUAACAUCGUUGAGAGAAAUAAGUUUAGAAGGUAUACAAUUAGUAGAUAUAAUUAAAACUAGUUUUCAUUGGAUUUAUAACUUGGCUAGUGUACAUGUUAUCAAUCUAUUGAAUACAAAUUUUGAUUUAGGUGAUGUUGCAUUCUGUAUAUUAUCAAAAUUUAAUCGUACACUAUUUCAUUUACCACGUCAACAUCCAUGUUCAUGUACAAUUUAUUAUUUGUAUCGUAAUCAUGAUUAUUUUAAAUAUACAAUAUUUCCCAAUCAUCCUGCAGCGAAAUAUUUAGAUGACAAUAAUUAUUUAAGACUAACACCUACAUGUAUUCAAAAUUAUACUGAAGAAGUAUUGGGAAAACAUUCGAGUAACGCAAGACACACAACGAGGGAUUUGUUAUUGAAAGGUGUUGAUGAUAAAUGUGACUAUGAAUUAAUGUUCAUUAAUUGUUCAGCUCUCACCACUACUACAACUACUACUACAACUACUACUACAACGACGACCACUACCAUCACUACCACCACCAGAAUAACAACAGAUAUAACUACUGAAACUAGUACAUCAUCCACUGUAAUAUUCGACGUAACAAAUACAACUAUGAUCAUGACCCCUUCGUGGUUCAAGUACACACUCAGUCCAAUUUCAGAUAAAAAACGAAAACGUGAUAAUAUGAUUAAACUGUUUACUGUUAUAGCCACUAUCUUUGGCAUCACCGCCUUUGCCAUUAUUCUCGUUAUUCUAUGGUACAGAUUCAAAGCUAUAUGGAAACGAAAGAAAAAACAGAAAAAACAACAACAACGUCAUAUGAGUAAUGCUACAAAUAGCCCAUAUAAUCCGUCACGCCGAUUUGACACAACAACAGACUCAAGAUCAAAUUCUAUUACAGUUGAGCCACUUACGAACACUGAUAUAGUAAUUACGAAUCGUAAUAGUGGUGGUGGUGGUGUUUUGAAAACACACUCUCAAUCAACAAUGUCAGGGGGUGCAUCAUCAACACCACGAAAACAACACCAGAAUACAACAAGUUCAAAUAACAACAAUAUCGUCUAUAAAAAUCCAAAUGUUAUGCAAACGCCCGUUCUGUCAAAUCGUGAACAAACAGCACCAAAUUCUGUACAUACUUUUAUGGAUACUAAUGAACUAAAAGAUAUAGAUGAUGAUGAUAAUGAAUUACAAACACUUGACCAACAAUAUCGUCCACAAAAGAGUGAUAUUCAUUCUGAGAAAUUAACUACCAAAUAUAAUCAACAAAUACAAUCAACAAGUUGUUGA